AAGACAAUGAGUUUCAGUGUCCCCUGGUUUAAAAAAAUAAGUGUAUUUUCAUUUUGAAGAAGAAACUGAAAACUUAGGACGUUAAACAAAUAGCGAGAGUUUAUUUUUCUUUUGCAGGUCAUGAGGUCAGUUAAUGAUUAGUGAGACCCAAGUGGGUGUUCAGUGUCCAAGACUGAGGGGCCGUGUUAUAGGAUCUCUUUGGCAUUAAGGGUCUGUUUCAUCCCAUUUGGUAGAUGUCCAGCUCAGCGAUGCCCAGAAGCCUCGGGGAGAGGUGCUUCUGGUUUGGGGGGCUCCUUCUGUGGCUCAACGUUGGAAGUUCAGGGGAUGCAUCUCUUACCCCACAGCCAAACUGCACUGACUUCCAGAAUGCCAAUCUCCUCAGAGGCACCAAUCUCAAAGUCCAGUUUCUCCUUUUCACCCCUUCGGAUCCUAGCUGUGGGAAGCUAGUGGAAGAAAGCAGUGACAUCCAAAAUGCUGGGUUCAAUGCCACACUGGGAACCAAGAUAAUUAUCCAUGGAUUCAGGGCUUUAGGAACAAAGCCUUCCUGGAUUGAUAACUUCAUUAGAACACUGCUGCGCGUGGCAGAUGCUAACGUGAUUGCAGUGGACUGGGUCUACGGGUCUACAGGUGUCUACUUCUCAGCCGUGGACAAUGUGAUUAAGCUGGGGCUCGAGAUCUCCCGUUUCCUCCGUAAACUUUUGGUGCUCGGCGUGUCGCAGUCCUCGAUCCACAUCAUCGGUGUUAGCCUGGGGGCCCAUGUUGGGGGCAUGGUGGGACACUUCUACAAAGGCCAGUUGGGGCAGAUCACAGGCCUUGACCCCGCUGGGCCAGAGUACACCAGAGCCAGCCUGGAGGAGCGCCUGGACGCCGGAGAUGCCCUCUUUGUGGAAGCCAUCCACACAGAUACUGACAAUUUGGGUAUCCGGAUUCCAGUCGGACACGUGGACUACUUCGUCAAUGGAGGCCAAGACCAACCCGGCUGUCCCACAUUCAUUCAUGCAGGGUACAAUUAUCUGAUCUGUGAUCACAUGAGGGCUGUGCAUCUCUACAUCAGUGCCCUGGAGAAGUCCUGCCCAUUGAUGGCCUUUCCCUGUGGCAGCUACAAGGCCUUUCUUGCUGGACACUGCCUGGAUUGCUUUAACCCUUUCCUGCUGUCUUGUCCAAGGAUCGGUCUGAUGGAACAAGGUGGUAUCAAGAUAGAGCCACAUCCCAAGGAAGUGAGCGUCUACCUCUUGACUACUGCCAGGGCUCCAUACUGUGUACAUCACAGCCUCGUGGAGUUCUACUUGCAGGAAACGAGAAACAAGGACACUAACAUCAAGGUCACCUUCCUUAGCAGCAACGUCACUUCCUCGGUCAAGAUAACCAUACCUAAACAGCAACUCCAGGGGAAAGGAAUCAUAGCCCACCCCAACCCUCAGUGCCAGAUAAACCAGGUGAAACUCAAGUUUCAGGCUUCCAACUGGGUUUGGAGAAAAGACCGGAUGACUACCAUUGUUGGGAGGUUCUGUACUGCCCCUUUGCCAGUCCACGACAGUAAAAAGACAGUCUGCUUACCUGAGCCAGUGAACUUACAAGCAAGUAUGACUGUUUUUCGUGACCUGAAGAUACCCUGCAUUUAAUAUCAGCCCAUCCAGGACACAUAAUCCUGGAUUUCUAUGGGGGCAACUUACUGUAGGCCAUUACUACUAAGGAAGACAAAAUUUCUGGUUAUUUCUCCCAUAAUUGGCCCCCUUGGAGGGGAGAAAUGGUUCAUUUUAAAGAGUUUGAUCUCCGUUGUCAGUGUGAAGAGCCUUACACGGAUACCAUUUCAGCUUUCCUAUUAAUAUUUAACUGCAACUGCCACCUACCUUUUGACACCUGUACCUAGGAUUCAAUAGAUACACAUAUAGAGAAAAUGUUUGUUUUCUUUUUUUUAUAAAACUCCAUGGAAUACCUGACUUGUUUAAUUGUUUUAUUGGAAUGGAAUUCUGUUACAUACAAAAAAAAGCAAUUUACAGUUUAUGGGAUUGGAGAAAACAGUAGAUGUUUAUUCCUCUGUAUUGAAAUAGUAACUGAAAAGUGCUUGGGAUGAGAGAGGGACUGAGGGGUGGGGAGGGAGAUGGCACCCUUCACCAACCCUUACCAUUGCUUUCUCUGGGUAUUCAGAAGGUUUUGGCAACCUGAGGGAUCUUUUGAGAAUACAGGUAGCUUUCUUUUGGGUCAGUGUUUUACAAACUUUGAACUUUGUAAAUAACUUUGUAUUAGCCACAGUAUAUCAAGAUACAUGGCACACUCAGAUUGCGUAAUUUGAGGAGACUUUAAUAAAAGAACCCUUUAGAAAGAUGUUGGUAGGGGAUAGGGGAACCACAAGAGAUGGUGCAUUUCCCUGGGGCUGGGAGCAGUGGGGGCUGUUACUACCCUAGGCUUGAAGACACAUGGUCAGAGAUGGUGGGGUGGUGGUCAGACCUGGCCACAGAAGGGCUGCGGGACCUUCAGUCAGGAGACAUAGGCCUCCGCAGCAGUACUGCAGGGCACGAGCCUGGGAAGUGCCUUCUCUGACCUCACUCUUCUCCCUUCCUCCAUUCUCCUGCCAGUGCUUCCCACUGAGUGACCCCAAUGAGAAAACAGAGAGCAAGAAGCACACUGCUGUGGCACAAACAGGCCCUGGGGACAUGGAGCAAGGCAGAGAAGGGUGGAGAAUGGAUGGGGGUGGUGGGGCAAACAGAGAGGUCUGGCACACACCUUUACCACUUUUCCUAUAUCCUGGUACUCUCUGGAUUCCUUCAUACUUAAUGGUUCUCUAUAACUCAUUAUUUCUUUACUUAAAUAACUGUGAUUUAAAAGGAAACUGUUGAGAACCUAAGAUGGCGGCUAGGUGAGACAGGGCAAAAAAAAAA